AUGGUGGAGGCAGGCGGGGCUUUGGGGACAAGCGGAGAGCCCGCGACAGUGUUGGAGGAGAGGGAUCCCCCUGCAGUGGGGCAUCUAGAACAAGAUCAGGACCUCGAGGUGGACGAAGCGGAGCCCGCCCCCCUAGUGCUCCACCGGCACCGCCCGCGAGCGCCCCUCCCCCCGGCCGUCCAGCAGCUGUUCGACAAGCAAGACGCGUUGACUGCCCAGCUGCUUAUGCAAGACGCAGACCCCGCUCACCAGCCCCUGCUAACUAGGCUGGAGAACAUCCGGCUGCUGCUUCUGGAGUCUGGGCCCUUUCUGGGCGACCUCGAGUUGGAGAGUUUGCAGGGCGAGGUAGAGGCGAUGGCGGUGUAUGCGGCGUAUGCGCAGGAGGACCGUGAUACGGAGCUCGACCGGCGGCUGAGCGCCAGCCUGCAAGAGGAGUUUGACCAGGAGAUGGCGGAGCAACUAGAGCGAGACAACGGCUGGCCUGCGGCAACAGAGCAGGACCAGCUCGUCGAGUGCUGCAUCUGCCUGGAGGAAGUGGCCACCAAGGACUGCAUCGCUCCCUGCGUGGCGGCGGACGACACUACUGCAAUGGAGGACGGGGGAAACGGAGAGGAGGCCGCAGGUCCCGACUCCCCUGCCCCUGGCCUGCCACCUGGCACGUGCUCCCACUGGCACUGCAUCGACUGCCUGCGACAGUACGCCACAGUCAAGGUAAUGGACGACCGCACGCCCCGCAUCCCGUGCACGCGCGCGUCCGAGGGCUGCCCCGCCGUGUUUCCGUUCGAGAACGUGGAGUGGCUGCUGGGCGACAAGGAGACGCAGGUCUACCUGCAGCUGCUCGCCGAGGCCAGCAUCACUACCAAGGUGUACUGCCCCUUCGAUGGUUGUACUGCUGUCAUGGACUGCGCCGAGGAUGAGAGGGGGCCCGACUCCAUCUGCGCUUCUUGCAAGCGCGUGUUUUGCCGGGAGUGCCGCGUGGCGUGGCACGCGGAUCAGACGUGCGCGCAGUUCCAGAGCGCCAAGGAGGACGAGCCGCUGCACGUGCUCGCCAAAAAGAAACACUGGAAGCCCUGCCCCAAGUGCCACAACAUGAUCGAGCGCAAGAACGGGUGCAACUUCAUGCGGUGCAAGUGCGGGGCGGGCUUUUGCUACAAGUGCGGCGCGGCCUACCUCGACAUCACAGGGAGCACCACCAAUGCUCACGGCACGCCCGGCUGCAAAUGCGGGCUCUUUAUGUGAACUUGGCUGCGCGGCGCAGGGUUGCCAAUCGCUGACCAUUAAGACGGCAUGCAUACAGUAUGAAAGAGUCGGAUGAUGUAACAAUAGGAAUGAUUAUUCACGGAGAUCGACGGAGAAUGUUGAUCUAUGUAAUGACAGGAAAGGACGGUUCUUUCAGAUGAGCAUCUGACUCGAUGCAGGCUCAGCUAGCUUGCGUCUGCAUUCUAAUCGAUGUGACUCAGCGCAACUUGAACGAAUCGACUUGCUCGUAGAACGUAGCGUUCCAACCAAUACUAUGGAACACGCGUACUCAAAGCGGCA